CAGCUCUGCGGGGCUGGUGGGUUAGAGCAGAGGGGGCUGGGAGCCAGGACUCCUGGGUUCUAUCCCCAGGUCUUUCACUGGCUCACCCCCUACUUUUCUAGAUAGUCGGAAUCCCCAGUGCUGCACCCUCCCCGGAGCCAGGAUGACAGGAGCCGUCUGUCCAGCUCGCUUGGCUUGGGUCUGUCUGUCUGUCUUUUCCUCCUGAGACACCCUGCCUAGCCCCACAACCUUGUCCAGCCCCGCACUUCGCCCCCAGCUGGCCCAUCCGGCUGAGAUAGCAUCCCCCAGUGGGGCCCCGGGCUCCCAGUCACGCUCUGUGAAUUUCUUGGCAGCGGGUGAUUUCCACUGUAAACAGAUCGGGGGCCGGGGCCGGGGUGACAUUGUCCAGGAGGCCUGGCCGGCCCUGCCAGGGAUAUGGAGCAGCUGGGAAACUGAUGCAACGUCAGCAUGGCUGGCUGGGGGGCUUUCCCCUCCCGGGGGGCUCCCAGCCAGCCCCAGGGAGGGGACUGGCAGGUUCGGAGACUGGACUCUGGUGACGCAAUGGAGGGAAGGGGCCCGUCCGCUGGCGGAGAUUUUUCUGCCCCCCCAGCCGACCCUGCAGGGGGAGCCCCGGACCCGGGCUCUGAUGGGCCGGGGGUGACAGAGCCAGCCCCCACGCUCAAACACCCCUGCCGCUUCUUCUUGGCGGGCAGUUGCCGCUUCGGCGCCCGCUGCCGGAACCUCCACCCCGGCGCCCCGCCCGCCGCCCCCCAGCCGCCCCCCGAACCCCCCAGCAAGAAGCCCCUUGAGCGCCCCAGCAAGAAGCCCCCCAUGAAGACAGCAGGGGACGUCGUCUCCCGCAUCCUCUGGGACCGCCAGCUGCCGCCCGGCGAGUUCACCGUGGGCCACCUGGACCGCUUCUCCGGCGUGCGGGAAGACGCCUUCACGACCUUCUGCUGGGAGGACCUGGCGUCGGUCGGGCCGGAGGUGCUGGCCAUACCCCAGCACAGGAUCCAGUACUUCAAAUAUCGCGGCCGCGUGGUGUGGGACAAAGCCAGCCGGCUGGACGACGUCUUCGGCUCCACCGGGGGCGGCCGGACCAUCCUGGAGGUGAUGGAGGAAGAAGCCGGGCGCCAAGAGGCCGUGGGAAUGGGGGACGGCGGAGCCGGGGUGCCGGAGGAGGCUGUAACUCCAGAGUACGAAGAGGAGGAGGAUGUGGGUGAGCCAGGAGCUCAGAGCUGCCCCCCAGCAGCCCCCCGGCCUCCCCGCCCCACCCACUUUGUGGCCGCGCGCAUCACCAGCCCGGAGCUGCGGGGUUCGGUGGCCCGGCUCCAGGAGGCCCUGAGCCAGGCCGACCCCACCGUGGCCGAGUUCUGCACCCCACUGGCCACCCUCCACCUCACCCUCUGCCUCCUCCAGCUGGAUGGCGCUGCCGAGAUGCAGGCGGCCGUCACCGCCCUGCGGGAGCUGCAGGCCGAGCACCGGCGCCUCCUGCCCCCCGCCCCGCUCCUGCGCUUCCGGGGCCUGGGCGCCUUCCGGGGCCGGGUGCUGUACGCCGCCCCCGCGCCCGGCCCGGAGCUGGCGGGGCUGGCCCACGCCCUGGAGCAGGGCUUUGCCUGCAAGGGGCUGACGGUCGUCCCGCUCCCGGCCCACGAUUGUUUCCAUCUCACCGUGGCUAAGAUCCCGGCGGGCGGGGAGCCGAGGCUGAACCUGCCCCCGGAGCCUCCCGGGGAGGAGCUGGGGACCCAGGCGGUGGAAUCGCUGUGUCUGUGCCAGGUGGGUGGGGGCAGACGGACCGAUGGGUUUUACAGCACCCUCGUGGAGCUGGAUCUGUACUGAGGGGGCCCCACGCCAGUCCCCAAAUCCCAGCUCAGGAUGUGGGGCUCUAUUGACCCUUCUCUCAGGCCCCCUAAUCAAGAUUAGAGCGGGGGGGGGGGGCUGGGAGCUAGGACUCCUGGGUUCUAUCCCCACAGCAGGAAGGGGGAUGGGGCCUGGUAGUUAUGGGGCGGGCAGGGCUGGGAGUCAGGACUCCCGGGUUCUACCCACACCUCUGGCAAGGGAGCGGGGUUGAGUGGUUAGAGCAGGGAUGUAGGGAGCCAGGACCCCAGGGUUCUAGCCGCAGCUCUGGGAGAGGAGCAAGGUUGAGUGGUUAGAGCAGAGGCAUCUGGGAGCCAGGACUCCUGGGUUCUAGCCCCAAGCUCUGCUCCCCCAUUCACCUUGCCCCCAUGCAUAUAAUCCCCUUCCCUAGCAUCUUCCAGCUUUUCUGAACCCCAAGGCAUUCACCCAACCAGCCGCCACCAAGGAGGGCGUUCCUAGCUGAGAUGCAGGACCCAGCCCUUUGUACAGCCUGCCUGGGGUGGGCUCUGGGACCUCCUCCUGUCUCCGGUCUGUUAGCCCUUUGCCAGCUGCCUCUCCCCACGGCAAAGGGCCCAGAAAUUCAGUGUGCCAGGUUCCUGCCAAGGAAGUUCCACUCGCACAGGUGGAAGGCAAAGGGUCCAGGCUGGGUCUGUUCCCCUCACCCCUGUGGGUUUGCACAGGGAGUUGGGUAGAAUUUGAGGCUCUUGGAUCAUUUUGCCCCACAGGACGGAUGUUUCUUUUAAAUAAUUUUCUCUACAAUCAACGGCAAUUUUCACAGCUCCUUUAUACCCAAGCUGGUAAUAACCCGUCCCACGGACAUAACCCUUCUCAAGCAGCUCUCGCUUUACUUCUCUCAACUCAAAUUGCUGUAGCCAGAAACGGUCUUUCGUCGGCAUGUGCGGACGGCGAAAUUGGCAUCUACCGCCGGGUCCCACUGAAAACAUCUAACCCCUUCCAGCCUCUUGCUACGGAUAUGAACAGGCCGAUCUGCAGGCUUUGCUGGUGCUAACAGAGGACUAGAUUAUCUGUUCUCGCUCGGGCAGGAAUUAAUUCACAGCAGAGGUAGGGACUUGUCUUCUACAGUUCAGACUGAGUGAUGAUUGAUGAAGUGAGACAUAUAUAGACACCUAAAGAUGCAGAGAGUCCAGCAGGAUUCACCAAACCAGCUUAGCACAAUGAGGGUGACAUGAAGUGGGAAAGUUCUUAAUGUUUUCUCUGAAUACUGGGUGGGUGCCUCCGUUUCCCCUAUGCAGUUCUUAAGUAUCUAGGUGGUGGGAUAAGGGGGUGUGAUUGUUGCAGAGCCCUAGAGGGCAGGUGUGAUGGUGUCUGCACACAGAAGGGUCGAUGCCCUGUCUGCUGGCAACUGAUGGCCUGGGCCCCUCCCCUGCAAGGUGCCAACUGAAGGUGUUGGAGAACAAAGAGAUCAGGUGGCCUCCUGGCCUGGGAAAGAGACAAAGGCCAGCGCAGGGGCUGGCUGGGGAAACAGAUGGAGGCCCAGAUGGGGGUCUGGGCUUCCCACCCCGCAAGAUGGACCUGACUGAGGGGUCCUGUUCUCUGUACCUACAAGCUCUGUCUGGGACUGUGUUCCUGUCAUCUAAUAAACCUUCUGUUUUACUGGCUGAGAGUCAUGGUGAAUCGCAGGAAGUGGGGGGUGCAGGGCCCUGAGUCCCCCACACUCGGUGACAGAGGGUUAAGCAAGUCCGGCACCUAGGGCCACUUUAUGCCACAUUAGGCAUCUGUCUGCAUCUUUCAGCAUCUAAAUCCCUUUGGAAAUGUGGCCCCGAGCGAUUUGCCCAAGGUCACAAGCACUAGGGCAAACGCCAGCAUCCCAAGUCCCACAUGAGAUCCCCUGAUCCAGCCUCAAAAAUAGACAGGGGCCCGAGGCGUUUCUUCCUACGUUUGUCGUUUUUAUUAAUUUUCAAUUUCGAGAAAAAUACUCCUCAAAAAAGGAAAAGUUUCUGGAAAGAAAAAAAAAGAGCAUUUGAAAUCCAGCUAUUCAUGCUGUCGAGUGCACAUCAGAAAGUUACAUAUGUCCAACAAAAGAAAGGAAGGGGGAAGGCUCGGGAGGAGAAUGAGAUGCUAAAGAGACUAUAGGAAGAAAGGAAAAAAAAUAAAAAUAAAAAGACAAGUAAACUGAGGGCGGGGAAAGGGAAGGGGAUGGAUCAUUACCAAGUUACCUGUAAAGAAACUGAGGAAAUGGGGGGGGGGGGGAAAUAAUAAAUAAAAAUCAACUAAACUGAGCAUAGACAAAAAAAACUCCAGGACAUAGAAACGGUGAAACUUAGACGUGAUUGGAAGAUUUGCUGGCGACUGGUUGAAUCCAUUAGCGGAGGGACGACCAAUUCCCGGCAGCUGUGUGAUCUGCAUCACCCCAAUUUCACUCUCUGCAUCAGGUUCCCCCGAUUCUUACAAUGUCUCUAAGCAACAGUCUCUGAGGCGGGGGGUAGAGCCGAUCGGGGCUCGAUCUUUCGGCUUUCAUUCUCCGCCGCUGCUCUCUCUUUCUUUUCUCUUUUUGCCCAGAUGUGCCUUUUUUUUUUUUUUUGGCUUUCUUUCCAAGGCUGGCCAAAAAGCUCAGAAGCAGGGGUAAGAGAGAAAGAGAAAACUGAGACAACGUUAGUUUCAGAUCAAGGUGGAAAUAUACACAACAUCCAACAAAAGAUCUACUCUUAAAAAAAAAAAAACCCCCAAAAAACCCCCAACAAUGUCAACAAAA